UAAGGGCGACUGUCAACAGACGGCGGUUACUUAGUUUGACGGAGCUGGAGAGGAACAGGAGAAAGAGGAAGAUUACUAUCGAGAAGCUGAGACGCUUAUCACUCGGAAACAUCGUUCUUCACUUUGGAGAGAGUUUGUGAAGCCCCGCGGGAAAAUGUCGAGUGUUGCUGACACAGUUUUAUCUGAGGCGGACUGGGAUGAGCGCUUUGCCAUCCCAGAAGCCAACGCUGAAAACAGGGCUUUGACAGAGGAGAUUCAUAAAAAAGAGAAGGAGUUGAUGCAACUCGAAAACAAACUCGAGAGAUACAAGGAUGAUAAGCCGUUCAUGACUGAAUUCCUCAAAGAUGCCAAACAAGAGCUGAAAAACACUGAGGCUCUGUACACGGCAAAGGAAAGAGAGGAAGAGUUGGAGAAACACCUCACAGCCCUUGCAGAAAGGGAGACAGGUCGCCUGGCUCAGGAGAUGGCUAAGACGGAGAAGGACCAACAAUCUUUAGCAGAGAAGAGGAAUAUGCUAAAGAACCAUAACUUCAAGGCCAAGCAGAAGCUGGAGGAGUUUAGAAACCAGAUGGACUGGGACCAGCAAACCAUGGACGCAUUUUUAGAGGAGUCGGCACGCAAAGAUGAGGACACAAUGGCCAUCAUCAAGUACGCCCAGCAAGACGAGCAGAGGAUCAAGUCACUCACUCUGGCUAUAGAGAAAAAGACGCUGGAGGCCAAUGAAAAGCGCAAAGCACUUGACAAAGAACUGACUGAGACUUUAUCUACACAAAUUGCUUUAGAUAAAACCACCGAAAAUCUGCAGCAGGCCCACAUGGAAACACGGCAGCUCAUCCACCAAUGGGAAAACACCAUGAAGCAGAUGAAGCAGCGGGACACUGAGAUGCAGCAGUGUGCGCUGCAACUCGCCCAAGCCAAACAGAACAUCAGGGAAAGGAACGGCACCAUCACAGAGAAGAAACACCUGCUGGAUACUCAGAGGACCAACAACAAAGAAACCGAGAGGAAGAUCACCAUCACAAAGCAACAGGCUGUGAAGCUUCGGCAGGAUCUGAAGGAGAAGGAAAAUAACUACAGGAGGCUGCAGGAUGAGCUUAACACUUGCAAAAGUUCACGGGACAGAGCGAUCUCUGAUGUGGAGUACAUGACAUCAAACAUAUCCAGAAUGAAGAAAGACAUCAAGGACAACAUAAAGAAACUCAAGGAAGCCAGCGCCUACAACGCCGCUCUGGAGGAGAAGCUCAAAGCUGUGACUCAGACAGCCCUCAGUGAGGAGGAGAGAGCUGUGCAGAUGGACCAGUUCCUCAAGAACGAAGAGCUGGAAAUCAAGGAGUUGGAUGUCCAGCUGCGUGACUGCAGGGAGGAGCUUUUCCGACAUAAAGAGCAUUUGCAGGCCCUGAAGACGAAGGAGACGGAUUCUGUCGCCCAAAUUUCCAGGAGUAAAUCCACCAUCACCAACCUGGACAGCCAGCUCAGAAAACUGGAGAAGGAAUUAAUAACACAGCAGAGGGCCAUCAAUGAACAGGACACCCAGAUCUUCCGCCUGGAUAAAAAACUGGCACAGCUGCAGGGGGACAUUAACGCUGAUGAAAAGCAAAUGCUUGAUCAGAAGAUCGCUGAGCUGACCAAAGCUCUAGAGGAGAAGAAGAAGAUAGCCAGCAGGCUCACCAACACACUCAAAGAGUCUGAAGAUGAUACCCGCUAUCUUAGGAAAGAGAAGGAGAGGUCAGACGCUCAAAAGAGAUAUCUGACUGACAAGGUAGAGGAGCUCCUGCUGCUCUGUGACACCAGCGAGGAGGAGCUGAAGAAAACCAGGCUCAGAAAACAGGACAACAUCGUGGAGCACAACAUCAUGAAGAUGGAGGUGAAGCGCACGAGAGACCUGCUGUACAACCAGGCGGGCACCGUGCUGUCGUUUGAGAAGAGGAAGCUGGAGCUGCAGAAAGCCAUAAAGGAGAGGGAGGAUGAGAUCAAGGUGUACGGAGAAAUGCUGAAACAGCAGUUGAAGAUUAGUGAGCAGGAGCGACAGGGAUUCAGUGCUGAGCUGAACGAGAAACUGUCCAAGAUCGACAUGAUGAAGAGACGCUUUGAGAUCGUGAUGCUUUCGAUAGCAGCUCCUGAGGGGGAAGAGGAGAAAUCCCAGGCUUACUAUAUCACAAAGGCUGCACAAGAGAGAGAGGAGCUCAAGAGGCAGGGAGACGCCCUGGAUGCUAAAAUCCGUAAGAUGGAGCUGGAAAAUAGAGCUCUGGAGAACACCAUCCAGCUGUUCGACAAUAGUAACUCAUCAUUUCGCGCAUCCCUCGGCAUAGCAAAAGAAUCCAGUCCAGAGUACCAGGACAGUCUAAAUCUAGAGGAGCACCUGAUGGCAGCCGAAGAGACGCUGAGGUACAAGAGAAGACAGGUCCAGGAGCUCCAACAGGAUUUACAGGACAUGAACAAUACCUGGGAGAGUCUGCUGCACGAGGAGCAGGUGGAGAGAGAGAAGAUGGAGCACAAACAGUCACUCGUCAGUGAACUGAACAAAGAAAUCGCUUCUCAGCAGGAGAAGAUUGACAGAACCACAAAGCAGUGCUCCAAGCUGACCCAAGAGAUCCGUGCAGAACAAAACACAGAGACUGAGACUUUCGAGGAGAUGGACAUAAAGCUGAGGGAGCUGAAAGGAUUCAACAAGAGUAUCGACAAGAUGCUGAGCGAGGCCAUUGAGGACAACCCUGACCUCAGACCAGUGCUGGAGAAGUACUUCCUGCAGGCCAAUCUGUCUCUUCCAUCUCCGUCUUCCACUCCCACCAGCUAUCGAAGCUCCAAGACAAACUCGGCCCGCAGCUUUGCCUCUCUGAGGUCUCCUGCGUCCUCAGCCAGCAGCAGCCCCAGGGCCUCUGCUCUUCACUCCCCCGUACUGAAGAGUGUGGAACUGGGCUUGGACCUGUUGGUGACCUCGCCUCCUCACACCACCUCCAGUCGCUCCAGCUGUGAGAGCAGCAGCAGCCACAGGAAGAAGUCAAAGAACCCGUAGCAUGCUGCUCCUCCUGACUGAUGGCUGAUUGUUCGUCAUUUACUGAUGUGGAGAAAGAACGAUUUAACGCCUCACCAGAAAGAAAAAUAGUUAACUUGUAGUUAGUUUAGAAUAGUUGGUGUGUGUUGUCAUUCAAUAUUUUGACACUUAAAGUCAAUUAUUUUUAAUAUUAUUCUUAAACUUGUUAUUUGUAAUCUUUCUGUGUUUGUGGUUAUUAUAUUUAUUCAUGUAGAUCGAUUGUGGCCCUAACUUGACAAUCACCAGAAACACUGGAUGUGCUUGACAAACUUAAAGGUGCAAUAUGUGAGAACUGGCCACCUGUCAAAUUCAUACUCAAAACUAAAAAGGGGCAGCACAUCACCAAAGAAACUGCUUACUGCUGCUAACUGUGCCCUUAGCUAGUUAGCUCAGUUAGCUGUGCAGCUAAGGGGAGUGUUAGUGUUGACACCACUAUCACAGGAGCUUUGGACUGAAAUGUGUCAGAGCUAGUUGGUUAGCAUGAUAACUUCUGUAGAUGUCUCUGCAACACCGUACAUAGACAUCAUAACAUCAAAACCACAAUCAAUUCACAUUCUGCUAAUAAUUUAAGUUCUUUUUUUUUUUCAAAUAAAUUGUAUACGUACUGCACCAGUAAGUUAGAAAAACAAUUCAGAUUGAACUUUUUUUCUUUUAUUUUGAAAAAAAAGAAUUAUGAUCCUUGCUUUUUUUGUUUUUACUGUGUGUUUGCUUCAAAAUGUAACGGACUCCAAGAAAUCUCAAUAAAACAAAUCUCAGAGUUGG